GCCUGCCAGGGUUGUGGUGACAGCAAAGCGCUUUGCUUCGCGCUGCGCUGGAGAUGGAUGAGCUGUGUUUCCCUCUGUCCGUGUGGAGCUGGAACAAGCACGAGGGUUGUUCGUGCGGCUGUUGUAACCUGGAGGUGGUGGGACGGUGCGAGGGAUGAAUAUGGUCUGUAACCAAGGGGAGGAGGGUGGCCCACCCCCACUUGUUGGAUCCUGAAGCAAAGUGAGGGGGUGCAUGAGGAGGUUACCACAGUCAUCAUCUUCCUCCUCCUUCAUCCCUUUCCUCUGUGUUGCGGUGGUAUUCUGGAAAGCGAUAGUGGCUGGAGGCAGUGGAGGGUUAUUGGUGCUGUGCUUGAGGAAGGGAGCAUUGCUAAAGCAGGUGUUUGCGCUCAGCAGAGCAGCAACACCCAGAGAAAGCUGUCUGUGUGCUGCAGGUGAUGCACUUGUGAGUUGCCACAGACAUUACAGAUCCCAUCCUACGCAUGGUAUUGGGAGGUUUAAAUACCUGCUCCCGAAGGAGGCUCCAAAGAAGAGAAAGGAUAAAGUACAGAUGAAAGAGAUAAAUGUUGGAACCGAAUAUGAGUAUGGAGAUGUCAACAUCCAGAUGACUUCCUAUGAUAUGUGUCUCGUGGAGCAUUUUGCUCGGUAUGUGCAUAAACUCUGCAACCGACUCUCCAUCAGAGUGAAUGAAAGCUACGCGAUGCCCACCAAAACCAAUGAAGUGCUGUUCUUGGAAGAGCGAGGUUCCAAAAUGCAGCUGGAUGCGGUCCUCACUACCCAUCAGAGGGUUGUCCAGAUCAGCGGUUUGAGUUCAACGUUUGCUCCGAUACUCUUGGAAAUUAUUCAGAGUAAUCAGCCUGAAGGGGUCCAUCUGUUAGUGAAAGAGCACACAGAAGCUGACUUCAAGAGCCGAUUAAAGUCUCGACCAGAACUUGAAGAGCUGCUAGCGCAGAUGAACUGAAGUGAGGAAGAACGCUCCAUCCAUUUCAGAGCCACCACUGGGAAAGCAAGCCUUCUCCGCCAUGGCCGCUUGAGCCUCCAGAAGGCAACUUCAUGAGCACUGUACCAAUAAUUUGGUGAAUUGGAAGAAAUUUCCACUGUUGUCAAGCAGCUUGUCUUAAUAAAGACAAAUACAUGUGUUUA